UCAUUAAUGUGAUAUCUGUGUUUUCUCUUGCUUUUUGUAACUUGUUGUUUUUUUCUGGGUGCUUUAAAAUCUUGAGAUUAUAUCGAUGUUGUUAUCAAUGUUUUAGUCAGGAAAGUUUUUCUUGAUUUAUCGAAGCUCCAUUCGUGUGUAACGUUAAUCACAUUACAAUCAUGUUUUGCGGUCUUUGAACAUAAUUUUAAUGUUGUGUUCAGAUGUCCAUGAUGAUGGUGCAGGUGGAUGUGAUGUGCUAUAUUGAAAAAAUAUGUGAUAUUUAUGAUUUGAUGACAGAAAUAUGUCAGCUGAAGAAAGAGGUGAAGUUACUGGAGACAAAACUCAGAGAGAGAGACCAACUCAACAGAAAGGAUGUAUGUGGUGUUUCUCUCUGUGAUCAAACAUCUCCAGAUCUUCUGCUUUCUGUCUGUAAUGAAGAGCAGAAGACAUCAGUGAAGCUGCUGGACUGUGAGAUGGAGCUGAAAACACAAAUCAAAGAAGAACAGACAGAUGAAGAUGAUGUGUUUUAUUCAGACCUGAUGAAGGUGAAGGAGGAAAGUUCAGAACCGAAUGAAAUGGAGGAGAAAGACCAUCAUCUCAUAACUGGAGAAGAAUCUGUGACCUGCUUGAACACUGAGAAGAAUGAAGACAAAAAUUCUCACAUGUGCCCUCAGUGUGGAAAGAUCUUCACAUAUAAAUACAACCUUAAUAGGCACAUGAGAGUUCACACUGGAGAAAACUCUCAUCAAUGUGAUCACUGUGGAAAGAUAUUUGUUCGUAAAGACCACCUUAAUUUACACAUGAGAGUUCACACUGGAGAAAAGCCUUACAGAUGUGAUCAGUGUGGAAAGAGCUUUUCGUGGACAACGUCUUGGAGAGAUCAUCUUCUCUAUCAUUCUGGAGUGAGAUCAUUUCAGUGUGAACAGUGCAGUAAAACAUUCAUUUCUGCAAAUAACCUGAACCAACACAUGAAGAUUCAUACAGGUGUGAAGUCUUAUGUCUGUUCCAUCUGUGGAAAGGCCUUCAAACACCUCUCCAAACUUAAAAAUCACAAGAAGAAAACACACACAGGCGUGGGAUCUCAUAUGUGCUCUGAACAAAAAUCCUACCCAUGCUCCUCAUGUGGACAGACGUCUUGAGAUUCACAUGAAGAGCACUACAGCGGCUGACACAACAUGAUGAAUUCAUGCAAGGGAACCGGCGGUGCAUGUAGAUAGAAAUAAAUCAUUCUAAGGUAAUAACAUUUACAUUUAUUCAUUUAGCAGACGCUUUUAUCCAAAGUGACUUACAGAGAGUUCAGGGAGCAAUAAGCAAUAUGUCAUACAGGAGCAAUAAUACAAUGGGUGCUAAUACAAAGUAACUAGUUUCAACAAAAGCUAAUUCAUCAAAUAUGACUCAGAGGUUCCUGGCUGUUUUGGAAGGAGUGAUUGUGGUAUUGCUAAGUUGGAUGGUGAGAUCGUGUUGCACCGUGGGGUGUGCCGGAAACACGAGUAGUUCUGUCUUGGCAGGUUUCACCUGGAGGUGAUGCCCUUUUAUCGAAGCUGAGAUGUCUUGUAGGCAGGCUGUAAUGUGAGCUGCUACGGUGGUAUCGUCUGGGUGAAACGAGAUGUAGAUCUGGGUGUCUUCGGCAUAACAGUGAUACGAGAAGCCGUGUGCCCGUAUGAUGGGUCCCAAGGAUGUCGUAUAGAUGGAAAAAAGCAGCGGUCCAAGCACUGAUCCCUGAGAGACCCCAGUGAUCAUGUGGUGAGCAGUGGACAGCGAACCCCUCCAUGACACCAUAAAGGAUCUGCCGGAGAGGUCGGAUUUGAACCAGCGGAGAGGAGAGCCUGAGAUUCCUAGAGUGACAGGGUUGCUAGCAGUAUCUGGUGAUUGACAGUGUCAAACGCUGCAGAUAGGUCUAGCAGAAUCAGGACCGAGGAUUUAGAUUCCGCCUUGGCUAGCCGCAGUGCUUCUGUGACCGAUAGCAUUGCAGUCUCAGUGGAGUGGUUUGUUUUGAAGCCAGACUGCUUGUCAUCCAGUAGUUUAUUUUGGGAUAGGUAGGAAGACACCUGGUUGAAAACUGCCCUUUCAAUUGUUUUUGCAAUAAACGGGAGGAGAGAGACAGGUCUGUAACUGUCGGUAGUAGAGGGGUCCAAUGUUGGUUUCUUAAGUAGGGGCGUGACCUGGGCCUGUUUGAAUGUGGAUUGAAAAGUGCCGGUGAGCAGGAAGGUGUUGAUGAUGUGUGUGAGUGCGCUGGAUGUGGCCUGAAGGAGAUGGGAGGGGAUUGGGUCAAGGGGACAGGUGAUGGGGUGGCUGGAGAGAAGUCUGAUGACUUCAGUGUCAGUCAGUGGGGCGAAAGAGGAGAGUUCAAUGUUUGAAGUGAGGGUAGUGUGUACCGAGGUCUAAGGUGCUGAGAAUUGUUUGCUGAUGGAUGAUGUUUUCUCAUUGAAAAAUACAGCGAAGCGUUAUAACAACAUAACGCUUCACUAUGUAAGGUCUUUAUACACCUCUGAAGACAUAGUUACGUAUAUAAUAUUGCAUUUCUGUCAAUAGAUCUUCCAGAAACUACACACUGGACCUUUAAACUUGUCAUAAAACAAUGAGCCAUUCAAGUUUUCAAGGUAAGUGAAUGCAAAAAUGUGAAUAUGAAUAGUUCAUUCAGAGAGGCAUUCAUAGAGGCAUUCA